AUGCCACCUGCUCUAGGAAAAGAGUCUCAAAUCAACAAUUCAGUACACUUUACGUAUUUCUGUUCUUUGUGGCUUGCAGGUGCGCACGUCCUGCUCUCACCUGAUGGUCCACAGGAGCCAAUGACGUGCUAGCGUCCACUGGAGGAUGAGGACGAUGUGAGGAUGAAGGAGGCUAUUUAUCAGUGACCGUCGCACAAGUUGAGGAGUCUUGUGGAGAUGCUUCAGCCGCAGGUGCACAUGCUGCUGCUGGUUCUGCUGUCCAGUGGGCUGCUGGUGCGGGUCGGCGCUGCGGACCUGCUGGCAGAGACCCUCGAAGCGGACAUGGCACUGGACAAGGCCUUGGCUCGCUCGCUACUGCUGAGGCUCGUCUACCAACUUGCGUCCAGAAGAGCGGACGCGCUCCCCUGGUUGGAGGGCGAGCUGGGUGUGAAGGUGGGGGUGAUGCGGCGACACCUCUCGCUCUCCCAGAGGGAACGCAAGGCAGGCUGCCGCAACUUCUUCUGGAAGACUUUCACCUCCUGUUGACUGUCAAUUGAUUGAUGCUUUGUUGUUCUUAUUGUCUGUUUUACAAGUGGCAGGGAUGUACAGUCAA